UGCUGGCUGGGGGAUUCUGGGAGUUGAAGUCCUCCAGGCUUAAAGUUGCCAAGGUUGGAGACCCCUGCUUUAGUCCUCAGGUCAGGGCGAAGGGAUAAAGCCUGCCCGAGUGGCAAAAGGAUCUCUUUCCAGAGAAUCGAUCGAACAAAAUCUCCCCUGCAAAGCUCCGGCUCCAAUCUCCCUCAGAGUCACGUGCCUCUUGCAGGCCCUUUGCUGGCUGGGCCCCGCUCCUCUGGCGGCCCGCGGGAAAAGUGGCCGUCACGUGACCGCACUGGAGACGGGCUCGGUGUGCGUGCUCCUUAAAGACAGCCAACAUGGCGGCUACCUCGGCGGCCAAGGUAGCUCUUAGGCUCUUUCACCAUCCAGGGGGUUUAGCCGCCGUCGCCUGGUCUCCCGCCUCCUCCUUCUCCCUGGGCCGCGUGAGCCCGACGGGCAGCUGUUCUGGCCUGACCGCGGCCGUGAGAAAAUACAGUUCCGAAGCCAAAGGACUGGAGGAGGAACUGCGGGUUCGAUAUUUGGACGACGAGCAUAAAGGAAUUGUUGUACUUGGAAUAAACAGAGCACAUGCAAAAAAUGCACUUAAUAAAAAUCUUAUUAAAACGAUAUCAAAAGUUAUGGACGCUUUGAAAACAGACAAAAAAGUACGGACAGUUAUAUUCCGAAGUGAAGUUCCUGGGGUAUUUUGUGCUGGUGCUGACCUUAAAGAAAGAGCUCAAAUGCAUGCUAGUGAAGUAAGCUCUUUUGUCUCAAAAGCAAGAUCCACUAUUAAUGAAAUGGCUAAUCUUCCAGUACCAACUAUAGCUGCAAUAGAUGGCAUUGCAUUAGGUGGUGGCCUGGAAUUGGCUCUAGCCUGUGAUAUAAGAGUGGCAGCUUCUUCUGCAAAAAUGGGUCUAGUUGAAACAAAAUUAGCAAUCAUUCCUGGUGCAGGCGGGACACAACGACUACCUCGUACCAUUGGUGUGUCUCUGGCAAAAGAAUUAAUAUUUUCUGCUCGUGUACUUGAUGGUGAAGAAGCUAAAUCAAUAGGCUUGAUCAGUCAUGUGGUUGAACAGAAUGAAGCAGGAGAUGCUGCCUACAGAAGAGCGUUAGCCUUGGCAAGAGAAUUUUUACCUCAGGGACCCAUAGCAAUGAGAGUUGCAAAAUUGGCCAUAAAUCAAGGAAUGGAAGUAGAUCUGCUAACAGGUUUGGCAAUUGAAGAAGCCUGUUAUGCUCAGACUAUCCCAACAAAAGACAGAAUUGAAGGUCUUCUUGCUUUUAAAGAGAAAAGACCUCCUCGCUACAAAGGAGAAUAGUCCUCAACUUACAACAGUUCGUUUAGUGACCGUUUGAAGGUACAACGGCACUGGAAAAAGUGGCUUAUUACCAUUUUUCAUAUAUAAAACAGUUGCAGCAUCCCCAUGAUCAGGUGAUCAAAAUUGAGCUUCUUGGCAAUUGACUCAUAUUUAUGACGGUCACAGUGUCCUGGAGUCAUGUGAUCACCUUUCCCGACUUUCUGUCAAGCAAAGUCAAAGGGAAGCCAGAUUCACUUAACAACCGUGUUACUAACAACAACUGCAGUGAUUCACUUAAAAACUGGCAAAAAGGGUUGUAAAUGGGACAAAAUUCACUUAACAACUGCCUUGCUUAGCAACAUAAAUUUUAGGCUUCAUUGUAGUUGUAAGUUGAAGACUUCUAUUAUAAUUUACAGUUUAGGGAUGCAUACAAGCUUUAUUUAAGGCAACCCCUUGUUAUAAAUUUUUUUUUGAAGAGAAUGAUGAGAGGAAAAACUGCAAUUAAAUAAAUACAUGUUGAACUUCAGAAAGCUUGUCCUUUCUAGACAGCUAAAAUUAACAAAAGACCAUGAAUAUGGCCAAUCUUUCCUUUCUUCAAAGAAAUAAAGGGGUUUAAUAAGGAUUCUUAUGCUCUUAAUUAAUACAUUAUAUUACCAUUCCCUCUGUGCAAUCCCCUUUUGUUUUAGAACCAAUAUCUUAUCUGGAUUCAUUGUCAGCUUUUUAAUAUCACCUGCAAGCAUUAAACAUAUUGAUGAUGCCCAAAUUUUGUAUUUUUUUGUCCCAAAGCCCUUUGAUUGUUAACCUAAGUUGGAUGCUAACCUUUGUAGAGAAAUUAUUCUACCCACUAUAUGAACUAGAAUGAGGUUUCAUCUAUGAAUGUAGUGUAUACCAGGUUUUUUGUUUACAUAUUGAUUCUAUUACAUAGCAUUGUCUAUUAUCAUGGGAAAAUUAUAUGCAAUUCUGUAUGUUGCAUGUCAGUAAUAAAUAUAAGAAUGGGUCAAAAUGAAAUGAAACAAUUAUUCCACUUUUUGAUUAAAGUACUUUAGUGGGCUUAUCACUAUGCUGACUGACCAUUUCAUCUAUUAUUAUUUUAGAAAGAAAGAAAAAGUCUCAAAAAACAUUAAAAUUCUAUUUUCAUUGUGUAAGAGGUAAUGUUUAAUAAAGUCAAGCAUCCAAUUAAAUAUACUUAAGUGUACAGACAUCACUCAGACUAAAUAUAUCUAGUGUUUAAAAAUAACAGAAAUUAUAAUUGCAUGUUGAAUGUCAUUCAUCAGAAGUGCUUAUAAAGGAAUACAAAAAUACUUUUACUAAACUGUAAUAUUUAGUCAUUUUGAUGUCUUAUGUUUUAAAAAUUAUCUUGAUUUAAGAAAAUUAUACAUACAUAUCUCAGUUUUCUUCAUAAGAAGAAUGUUGCUAUUUAUUUGCAGACCUUUUAUCUGGUUAUUUCUGUAGAUAAAAUAUCAUGGUAUCUUAAGUUGUAAUGAAUUCCAGGGGAAAGAUUAUUCACAUUAGGCAAUAAUCUAUCCUAUGUUUCUUCCUCAUUUUUCUUUAAUUUAUGUUGGUUAAUCAUUUGCUGGAAAGAAGGGAAAUAAAUUGUCCAUUGCCUUAAAAUUUGUUCAGCUGAAAAUUCAGUACAUAAUCCUUUUGUGCUGAUUCCAUUUGCACCUACCAUGUUAACCUCAAAGCAAAGUAAUUUCUCAAUCUUCUUAAGUUUUUUUUGGGAAAAGAAUCAGAUGGGAGAAAAAAAAAUGUUAUUGUUAGAUCCUGUGCAAUUAAAGGGAUUUAUACUCAUUCAAAAAUUCCAAGCCGUUAUCUCUUGCUGAAGUGAACAUCCAAUUAAUAUAUUAUUUAUAAUGCAUUUAUAAUACAUACUCUUUUAAAUUAAUUAUCUCAAGUGGAACCAAAGCAUGGAUUAACUGCUAAUUUUUCUGAUUGCAUUGUUCCAGGGUGAUAUGUAGAACAUAAUCUUUAGAGAACCUUUAGCUUUGAAGUAUAAUGGCUUGUCAAUAUGUAAUCACUAGGUGAGUUAAACAUCUGGAUUUAUUGCUUGCCAUAGUUGCCAAGAAAAAUUGUUAUGGCCUCUUAACCCAUUUUGCUAUAUUUGCUUGUUUUUGUUAUGAAACUUUGGAAGAUCAAAUAAGUAGAAGUGAAAUUCACUAUGAGAAAACUGGAUUUACAGCAAGAUACCAUAAAGAUAUUUGGUAUUAUUGGAAAAUAAAGAACCUUGAUCUUUUAUGGGAUUUCCACUCAUAUUUCAAUUUCUUUCCUGUUUAUAAAAUUUAUCUUACUGAUGUGAUAAGCAAAACUAAGUAAAUACAUUGUUUAUACAUCAAAUUACAGAAAAAAAUUGCAAAAGAAAUGGGCUAUGUUCUAUAACCAAAACAAUCUAAACAAAAUCACUAUUCCAUUGUAAAUUUUUGCAUAUAGUUUUAAAAAGGAAAAUAAAAAUGGAAAUAAACUAAUAUAAUGGAAAAAAUCAAAAUAAAUCAAAGAGAAAACAAAAUUGAAGAAAGAGAGAAAAGGUAGAAGAAAAAUAGAAAAUAUACAAAAUAGCUUCCACCCUUCUUUACAGUUAAAAGACAAUUAUAAAUUUGCCUUCGUACUCUAAAACAACACGACUCUCUUUCUAUAAUCUAUCCAGUCUAAUUAUCAAAGAAGUCAAUUUGGCCAUCUCAUUUUCACCAACCAUUCCUCCACUGUGGAUAAUGCUAAAUCUUUCCAAGUUUGUGUAUACAAUGUACAACAACAAACUUCCAUUACUUUUUUCAAACUGCCCGUCAAUUCCACUAUAAAAGCCUCUGAUCACAAUUGUUUAUUUUACUGUUAUUUUAAAAUCCUUUGAAUCAAUGUAUCUAUUUGAAUCCAAUUUUUUAAAAGUUUUUUUUACUUAUCCACCAAGUAUGAUAAAAUGUCAUUUUUUGUUGUUCACAAGGACUCAGGAGAAUUCUUGUUAUUAUAAUGAAUUUGGGAAGAAGAUUCCAAAUUUUGCAAUGUUGAUAUUCAGUUAAGUACCAGAUGUUUUUCAGUUUCUUACGAACAUGCUUAUUUUGGUGAAUUGCACUUAAUUCAUUUAAGGUAUUUAGCUUAUAUUGGUAUUUCCAUUUACUAACUGUAGAUGCUUAAACUAUUUUCCCAGCUGGUUGAGAAGGGGAAAAAAGAUUGAAAUGACAAACAUAAGUUGGGUGGGAGCCUGGAAAAGAGAGAAAGAUUCAGCAGCAACACUUCAUAUACUCCUGAAAUACUCCUGAAAACUCAGUUGUUCCAGUGAUGAAACAAAGAAGUUGCAUAACUUCCUUUCUUCAUGUCUUCAUCAAUAUUUCAUCAGCAUGUGUACUUUUGGUUCAAGCAUUUCUAUCAAUUAACUCUUCCAAAAUACUUAAAUUUAAUUCUAGACAGAGAAACUAUUCUUGUGUUUUUUGUACCAGUUUAUAAUUCCCAUUAAUGAAAAGCAAUCCACUUUAAUUUUCUUAAAAAAUGAAGAGAAAUUUGAAGAAUUAUGGAUGAAGCUGUUGAUGACAUCAGAAGUCGUGUCCAAAAUGUACAAUCCCAACACUAUCCCAUUAAGUGCAGGUGGGGGGCUUUUAUUUUCAUGCUGAUAGAUACAGCUUUGCAGUGAUGUUGUGCCAGGUGUAGAUGGAUAAUUGUGGACAAUAAAUGAAAUUAAAGUCGAAUGUGGGGGAGGACACUACCACAAGUCUCAUUUGAUUUCUUCUUCCUUCGUCCCUUCUCUUUCUCUCAUUAAAAAUAUUUUCAGAUGGAGGGGAGAUUUUUUCCAAGUUAUUUGCCAGUAUUUUUAGAGGGUGGCAUCACGUGAGAAAGGCUUAUUUCUCUAUUGUCUGUCUAAAAGCAACAACAAGAAAUGAGAAAUGGUAGGCUGGAUUUGAACGAACCUUAUCCAUUUCACUGUGUCCAAGUUCAAGAAGUUGGCAGUUCCCAAAUUGCCCUGUGCUUUGUGUUACUGCUGUAUAUGUUUCACACACCUGUAUAUGAACACACACAUACACACACAGAGAGAGACACACACGAAUGACUGUUGUACAGGUAGGAAAGAAAAAGGAAUACAUACAGAUUCAGAUUAUAUCAUAGCCAUUGACUGUAUUCUUACCUGUUUUAUAGCUAUUUUGAUAUUCCAUUUUUCUUGGCAUUACAUGCCCCACCACCCAUCCUUUGCAUAGUUCUGAAUGAAUUAUUACUAUUAUGUAGGUUAUCCUACAUAUAUCAUUAAGUUUUUAAUACGGCAGUGGAGCUAAGAACCUGACACAUUGAAUAAAUUGAGGUAUCCUGAAAGGGUACUCAUUGUAUUUAUCCUGCUGACUCAUUGUAUUUAUCACAUAUGUAUUUUAUCACUGUAUUACAUUCUACCUGUUUUAUCCUGGAGCCAGAUUAUGCAUUUUAUUUUUCUUGUAUUGAUGUCACAAGGCUAAUCAAUAAACUAUUCUAAACAUCUUCAUUCUAAUUCAAUAUUUAUCAGUUGAACAUUUCUCAAAAAUUUGGGGCAUGUGGAACCCACAUUCUUUUUUCAAGAAUUUUGCAAACUGAAUUAUACUUUCUAUUAACUCCAGCCAACCUUUGGCAGAAAGAAGUCUGGUUGCCUAUAUUAAUAGCAAGUUCAAAAAUUACAAAAUGGUUAUGUAUAGAGAAAUCUAUUGAUGCACUCUGAAAACUAAGCUUUAUUUUGGUAGGAGAAAAUGCAAAUACAAUUUCUUCAGCUAAAUUACCAGUUUCAAUUGGAAAACUGUAAAAUUUUAGAGGAAGUAUGGAGGAUGGGUGGAAGUCCUAUUAUGCCAUUUACAUAGUGGGAAUAAUAUGAGUAAUAAAGUCUGGUUUUGUACAGAACAGGCAGAUUUAAAACUUGUGAGAUCUACAUUAUUUUGCUAGAACAGCAGUGUCUAAUCUGAGCGUCUCCUUAGCCAACAAUUUAUUUUCCGUACAAGUAAACUAACUCAAAAUCUUUUCAAGACCAGCACACCCUUAUUUAUUUAUUUGUCAUUUCUUUCAGCUUUUUAAAAAUACAUUUUAUUAAAUAUUUUAAAAAGUAAGAUAACUGCUACAAACUAAUGUAAAAUAAGAAAAAAAAGAAAAAAUGGAAAGUUAAAAGUGCAGGAAAGGGAAAAAUGUAAAAGAAAAAUAGAAAAAAAAGAUACAAAGUAGCUUUUGAUCUUCUAUGCAGCAGUUAUAAAUACAAUUAGAAAUUUACCUCUAUGGUUCAAUAUAACCCUCUCAUUUCCUUCAUAUAUCCUAUUUAAUCAUCAAAACCAUAAAUCAUACGUUCACCUUUUUUUUCUUCAUGCAAAAAGUCUAUAAGGAAUUUCAAUAAACAUAGAUUACUGGAUUUUUUUUUCCUGAUCAAGGAAAAUGUAGCCAUUUCAGCAGGUUCUAUCAUCCUAACCAACUAUUCUCCAUUGUGAGUAGUGUCAAAAUUUUCCAUCAUUGUGCAUGCAAUAAUUUGCUGCAGUGACCCUAUACAAAAACAAAGUUCCAUAACUUUUUCUCAACUGCUUGUCCAUCAAUCCCAAAAGAAAAGCCUUUGGUUCUUUAAACUCUUUUUCCAUCUCUGCAAUCUAAUUUUAAUUAAUUAAAAUGGAUAAAAAGUUAGAAAUAUUUAUUAUAAAUUAUCCAAGGGUUUCCCAAUAUUAAAUCUACGUUCUACCUACACCUGGUUUAGCAGUUUCCUUAUAAUACAAAUCUAUAUUCUGCCUUUACUCCCAGUGAGUUCAUUGCAUAUUUCUCUCUUACUAUGAAAGCUAGCUGGAACUUUUAGGAUAUAUCUGGAGUAUACCGAGUUUUAGUGGGAAUUUAGUCACUUAACAACCGUGUUCAGGAUUUCAUAAAAUAGAAUGGAUGCCAUCAGUAGGUAAAGAUACUUAUAUGUAUGUGCUACCUACUAUAUAAUAGUUUUAAGUGCAUGUGGAAAGCCAUGGCUUUCUUUGUUCUUCUUAAUUAAGCUAGGUCUAAAGAAGUAUUUGUACAAAGAGUUAAAAUUAUGCUGCAAACCCCUUUUUAUUAUAAUUAUAGCAUGAUUGCCUGAAUGGUUUCGCAAAUGUUCUUUUCAGUCAUACUGGUAGGAGAUUAAGUAACAACUUCUUGCUAAUGCUUCUUGCUCAAGAACUUCAAACGCCAUUGUUCUGUGCUGAGAUUUGAUGUGCCAUGCAUUCUUUUGGCUGUCUUUGUUCCUCUGACCUUUAUACUUCUUUGACAAAUAAAGCAAUUGUGUGUGAUAGUGCCUGUGUGCGUACAUGUAUCUAUAUUAUGAGUGUGUGUUUUCUCUCCUACAAAUGCCAGGAACCAUUUGAAGUCUUUAUUGAUUCCAGCUUUAAAAAGCGAUUUUCCCAGUGGAAAACGUGGCUAUGGUUACGUUUAUUACGGCAGAACGUAAGAACUUGAAAGCUGCUUCUUAAAGAUUGAAAAGAAGACAAUUUUGUCUUCUUUCAUAUCAUCAAGUUUAAUUAUUGGCAUUAAGUCUCAGUUGGCAAGAACAGCACGUCACAUGGAUCCAUUUCUGUCUUAGGAAAGGUCAGCAUAUGGCAUAAACACUUUGUCUGUAUUAUGUAGCCUUGUACUCUGAUCACAUAACACAUGUUUUAGAAAGCAUUAUGCAAUGUUAUGCUCCUGACUAAUGACUCCUUGCACAAGAAGUUUUUCAUUAGCCUGAAUGUUUAUAUCCUGGGAAUGAUUAACUUUGUGACAUAACUCUCAUCACAUAAAUAUGAAAGUCUCAAAACUUUUCAAACUCACAAUUCAGAAAUGAAGCCUUUUCUUCUUGGUAAUGUAGUUCAGCUUCAAAGUUCAGAAAAAAGCUUUUUGUUUGGGAAAGGGCAUAGAUGAUUUAUUUUUGGAUUGCAAAGUAUUACACAUGAUUAAUUUUGGAAAUAGUGACAAUCAUACAAGUGUAACUCAUUUUCUCUACAUAGUCAGAUGUCUUUCUUCAACAAUCAAGCUUAACUAUUCUUUUCUGGACAUUACUAUUCUCAUAAUUAUCCCAACAAUCUUAUUUAUUCUUGCUUUUGAUUAAUCCAAUUGAAGAUGCUAAGCAUGUACUUAUUUAUGUAUUUACUGCUAUGUUUUAACCUUGAGCUUUUCUCUGGAGCAGGAUAAUACAUUGAGUGUCUCCCCUUAUUUUAACAGCCCCCCUUGAAAUAGGUCCUGUGUCAUACAAGGCUCUUCAUAAUAAAACAAAGAUUUGAAUCUACCUAGCCCAUGCUUUCUUUGAACUUCUUUAGAGCGUACCAGCCAUGCUCUCAGUGACUUCAGGCCCAGUAUCCGCAGAAUUGCCUCUUCCCAACCCAAUUAGUAUACUAAGCUAUAAAACAUAAUUUGCCACACCAGCAGUAUUUACAUACCGCACUAAGCCAAAACCUAACAUAUCCGAAGAUGAUAUAGUAUUAGACCCUAGCCACUAUAUCUAGAUAACAGUCUUCUUAAAAAUACCUUUCUUUGUAUAAGUUGGGCUGGUUAGAGCUAUUGAUCCAUCUACUGACACCGGAAGAAGCAACAUGCUAUCCUCUCCUCCUGCAACUAAUUUUUCAUUGAUUGGUCUCAUUCAAGACAAUGACGAAUCCGCAUACAGACGAGAGGUCUAACGAUUAGCCUUGUGGUGCAACCAAAACAAUCUGGAACUGAACACACUCAAAACCGUAGAAAUGGUGGUAGACUUUAGGAAAAACCCUUCCAUACUUCCACCUCUCACAAUACUUGACAACACAGUAUCAACAGUAGAAACCUUCAAAUUUCUGGGUUCUAUCAUAUCGCAAGAUCUCAAAUGGACAGCUAACAUCAAAAACAUCAUUAAAAAAGGACAACAAAGAAUGUUCUUUCUGCGCCAACUCAGUAAGCUCAAACUGCCCAAGGAGCUGCUGAUCCAAUUCUACAGAGGAAUUAUUGAGUCUGUCAUUUGCACCUCUAUAACUGUCUGGUUCGGUUCUGCAACCCAACAAGAAAAACACAGACUUCAGAGGAUAAUUAGAACUGCAGAAAAAAUAAUUGCUACCAACUUGCCUUCCAUUGAGGACCUGUAUACUGCACGAAUCAAGAAGAGGGCCAUGAAAAUAUUUGCAGAUCCCUCGCAUCCUGGACAUAAACUGUUUCAACUCCUACCCUCAAAACGACGCUAUAGAGCACUGCACACCAGAACAACUAGACACAAGAACAGUUUUUUCCCGAAGGCCAUCACUCUGCUAAACAAAUAAUUCCCUCAACACUGUCAGACUAUUUACUGAAUCUGCACUACUAUUAAUCGUUUCAUAGUUCCCAUCACCAAUCUCUUUCCACUUAUGACUGUAUGACUAUAACUUGUUGCUGGCAAUCCUUAUGAUUUACAUUGAUAUAUUGAUCAUCAAUUGUGUUGUAAAUGUUGUACCUUGAUGAACGUAUCUUUUCUUUUAUGUACACUGAGAGCAUAUGCACCAAGACAAAUUCCUUGUGUGUCCAAUCACACUUG